AGGGUGACUCCCACAUGCAUUGUUUUUCAUUCCCUCAUAGUUAUCCACCAAAUAUAACUGUAUUAAAAUGAAAUAUGAUUUUGUGUAUAAACAUGGCCAAACCACACCAGCUUUGGAUGACUACGAGGGAAUCUAUACAGUAGAAUCGGCGAAUAUAAACCAAACAUCCCAAGAAAUAGUCGAGGUAUCUGCUCAAAUUAACCAACCCUUCAUACAAGAAUUUCCAAAAGCACUUAAUUCUUAUAAAGCCCUUAAGAAGCAAUAUAAACCCUUUACCGGUUCUGUCAAAUUCCCAUUUCUAAAUAAACCCUUAAAUUUAGAAGAUAAUGUUAAAGACGAGCUGGUUAAUAAUGUUCAUGCAGAAGAGACUAAAUUUAAACAAACAGAGUAUUACGAUGAAGACAUCAAGAGAAAAGAGAAAGAACUUGCAGUUAAGACAAUAGUAGAAAGACUCAAAUUUGUGCAAUCCCUUACGAAUAGUAGAGCAUAUGAAAGAUACAGACAUGAAUUUAAAAAAAGCGAUGUGGAGGAGAAGAUUGAUAGAAGUUUCAAACAGGAAAAGAAAGAAGUUAAAAAGAUACAAAAAAUAGAAAAACUUGAUAAACCAACGUCGAAAUGUGGGACGGAUAAGAGUGAUUUGCAAACUAUAAAAAUGACAGCAUUUGAUAUUGUUGAUGAAAAUAUCAAAAGAGCUGUCUCGGUAGCUGAAGAAAUAAAAAGGGAAAUUGACGUAGAAUUGACAGAUAAACGACAGACUUUAGAAAAAGGAGAUAAAAUAGAUGACAACAAACUCAAGUCUUCUGGUUUUCAAAAGCAAAGUUUCAAGAAAACAGAUAAAGAAAUUAAAGAAUCUUCCCUCAAAACUUUAACUAAACGAAGUGCUUUUAAUCUUGGCUUGCAAACUAUACCAUAUAUGAAAUCAUACAUGGAGUCUAAUUAUUUCAAAACAAUUAUCAUAAAAACAAUAUUUCUUCACUUGACUAAAUUCCUCGUAUCAUUAUCAAGAUAUAUGUUAAGCAAACAGAAGUCUAUCAAACAAAUAUAUGACUACAAUAAGCAACUUAAAACCGGUGAAUAUAUGCUUGAGAGACAAGAUGAAGAAUAUUAUGAGGAUAGAAUUUUAUCCGGAGCCGAAAUGUCUAGAAAAUUUGGUAAAACUCCUUUAGAGUUUACAGAAAAAAUGGAUAAAGUAAUAAUUGAAAUGGAAGGUGAAACUCGAGUAGAGAGAAGUAGGUCUCGAAGCCGAAGUAGAGUUACGGAAAGUACUACAUGUAACGAAUGGGAAUAUGAAAAGAAAACUGAACUCAUGGAAGAGCUGGUUCGGAAGUUUUACUACGCUUACGUAUUAUACGUUCAAUGGAGCGAGUAUUAUGAUCUUGGUAAGACAAAGCAAAUCGAAGAGCGUUUGGAGGCGUCAACAAAAGAGAUAAUGAAAAAAGAAAUAUUUGAGAAAGAGCUGAUGGAGAAAGUGAUUAAAGAAGAAACGCCACUAACAUAUGUAGCAGUUGUUGAAUCUCAUGUUUAUCCAAACGAAGAAGCUAUACGUCGAGAUACUUUGAAGAGGUCUGAACAAGUUGAAAGUAUUGCAGUCGAUGUAAUGAAAAAAGACAAUAUUGUUAUUAAUAAAAAAGAACAAACAGCAACUUGCACCGAUCUUCAGCACCAAAUUAUAGAAAUCAGAAAAGAAAAACCUAUAGAAAAGGUAGUAGUAGUCGAGUCUAUUGAAGAUAUUACUCCGAUCGACGAAGAGAAACCAUUAGCUUUCUUCGAAAAGGGAAUAACUGAAAUAGCUGUCCAGAAUACUACGGAAGUAUUGGAACCUGUAGUUGAAAUAAAAUCUGAACAAACUCAACUGAAACAAGCCCAUUCUUCCAUUGAAAAAUCUAGUGUGGUAAUAGCUAGUAAUGAGGGUAUAGUACUUCAAGAAGAUAAAGAUGAAGAAUUUGUUAUACCUGAUAUACGACCAAGAAAAUCAAUCACAAUGAUAGAGCCAGCAUUAAAAAUAGUUGCUGAAACUUCCGACAUUGUUAUCGCUGAACCCAGAUUGGAAAUUAUUGAAAUCACUGAAGAACCGUCAAAAACAUUAAUGUCUGUAAUAGAAGAACCAGUAAAAACAAUAGCACAAACAACAGAAGUUCAAAUUCAUGAAAUACAAACUGAACCACUAGAAGAAAUUAAAUCUAUCAAAGAAAUGACUAAGACUACCAUUGAACCAGUCACAAAACCAGUUGCUGAAGUAUUUGAAACGAUAAUAAAUCAACCAAAAACUGAAACAAUCGAAUGUAUUGAUGUAAAGCAGGAAAUGCCAAAGGUAUUAUUUGAGCCUCUAUCAAAAUCAAUUGCUGAAACCAAUAUAGUAAAGACGGAUGAGGCAAAUGUAAGUAAGUUUGUUGAAAGUAUUCCGAAAUCCGCAAAUGUGAAAUCAUCAGUUGAAACACCAACCAAAGUUGUGGCGCAAAGAGAGCUUUUUAUAGAUGUGGAAAAUACCCAAAUAUUAGAUAAUUUAAAAAUAAAAGAAGAAUUUUCUGAUACUUUAGUGGAAACUCCUUCACAUACUGUUGCGAUGCAAAGUGAAACGUUCUUGGAUGAAAUGAGCGUUGAGCUUCACGCUCAAGUUGAUGUCAAACGAGAAAGUAUUAAAAAUAUAUUUGAACAGCCCAUUCAGACCGUUGCUCAAAAACAUGAGACAUAUGUAGAAACAGCUGAUCUAAGUACGUUAGAAAAAAUAAAAAAGACGGAAGAAAAUACACGUUAUUCAAUUGAAACACCAACUAAAUCCGUUGCUGAAACUGGUGAGGUUGAUGUUAUCUUUGCUGAUAUUGGAUUAUAUAAUGUAGACAAAGUGAAAGCAGAAAACACUGUCCUUGCUAUUGAAACUUCUUUUAAAUCUAUUGCAGAUAUCCUUGAACCUGACACGAACGAAGAAAACAUUCAACAAUUAGACAAACUUAAUUUUGUUGGUGAAAAAAUUGCAGCAUUUGUUGAAACUCCUUCUAAAGUCGUUGCUGAAACUAGUCAAACUGUCAUUAACGAAUCUAGUGCAGAUUUGUUUGGAACUGCAAUAACAAAUAUCGAAAAUACUAAUAACAAAGUAGAAACACCACAGAAAAUUGUAGCUCAGAUGUUUGAGACUUAUGUGAAUGAUUCUAGCAAAGAAUUUGAAAAGUUCCAUAUCAAAAGCAGCAAAUUAGAAGCCGCAAUUGAAAAUACUGUAAAAACUAUUGCCGAAACGAAUGAAACGUAUAUUGAUGAAGCUGUUGGUGUAAUUGGUAAAUUUAAAUUAAGUGAAGAAAAAUUAAAAUCUGAUUUUGAAACUCAAUUAAAAACAGUAGCUCAAACGAAUGUAACAUUGACAGAUGAAAUAAGUGGAAUAUUUAAAAGCGAUAAAUUAAAGACAGAUAACCCUAGUACUUUGAUUGAGUCGCCGAUUAAAAGUGUAGCAGUAUCCUGUGAAACUUUAUUAAACGAAGCUGGUAGUAAAUUCGUAGAAAAAACAACAAUUCAAGAAAAUUCGAAUAUUGCUAUUGAAGUUCCAUUUAAAACUGUAGCCAAUAAGAUAGAAAUAAGCGCAAAUGAAGAAAUUCAAGGGGUUGUUGAAAAAUUCGACGUUAAAAUGGAAAUUUCUAAACCUUCAAUCGAUAUAAAUUUUAAGCCCGUUGCGGAAAUUAGUAACAAAAUAUUAAGCGAAAGUAGUGCGGAAAUGGAAAUAAAAGAAUUUAAGACUAAUACACCAAAAAUGUUAAUGGAUGACUCACUUCGAUUUGUAGCUGAAGCUAUAAUACCUUUUAUCGAAGAACCUAGAAGUGAGGCUCUUGAGACACCAAAAAUAAUAAACGCAGAAGCUAAGCUAGCUAUAGAUAAUUUCGAACCAACAACAAUAACUGAAGUUUUACCCGCAGAACCAAAUCAAGAACCUUUUGAAGUACAAGAAGUUAAGAAUAAAAUACCUUCAUCGACCUUAGAAGAACCACUUUUACCUGUAGCAGAAACAAUAUACACUUGUACGGAGGGCCCAAAGGAUGAUAUUUUCAAUGUUCCUAAAAUUACAGAAGAACAUGCAAAGACUCACUUUAAAAGCUCGGAAGCGACAAAAGUUACAGAUGUAUUACCUUUAGAACCUCCAUGCAAUUUACUAGAAGUUCCAGAAAUAAAACGCCGCCAGUCGCGAACUUUGCUCGAAGAGACUAAAUUAGUGGCUGCAAAUACAGAAUUAAAUUAUCAGCUAGGGCCAAAAGAAGACAACUUUAUAAUACCUAACGUAAUCAACCAAAACGCCAAUUUAAAAAUAAAUGAACUUAAGGCAAUUGAAACAUUAGUCGUUAAUUUAGAAGAAGCGGCGCAAAAGUCUUCAGUAGAAUUUAAAAUAGAUGAAAUGAAGACAAAAACAUCGAUUGCAGACAAUUUAAAAACUGUUGCUCAGAAAGUUGAAGUCUCAGCAGCUGAGUCAGAGGAAUCAUUUUCUGAUGUAAGUGAAGCUUUCUUACAAUCUGCUUCUUUGACUGUACAGUCUCUAGCAGCUUUAGCGCAAACAGCAGUGAUUCCUACUGAAGAAGUGAAAACAGGAGCUAAAUCUUCCGAGCUGUCUAGCCAUAACGCCAAAAUACUUCUACAAGAAUCUACCGCAGCUCAUGUGUUACAGAUAAACGCCUUGUCUUCUUCAAUAAAUGAAAACUUCGAGAUAUCUAAAAACUUGAAGAAAGUCGAAACUGCCGUUGAAAGUUCUGAAACUGUAACGGCCAAGGUAUCGGAAAUUGAAGUAAAAGAAGCAAAAUGCGAAAUAACUGAAAUUGAAGAUGAAAGCUCAUACGCAGAUGUACAAGCUCAAUAUACAGUCGAAUUGGCUCACGAAGAAACUGAUGUUCCUGUUGAUGCUUCUGCUGAAUUGAAAAUAGUAAACAAACAGGCUGUCAAAGAACAACAAGAGGACAUUACUGCAACAUUGGAAAUAGAUACACAGUACAUACAAAAGGAUAUUGAAUACAUGGAGAACGGCAUGACAUCAAUUAUACAAUCAGUGGAUGCAGAUCUCCAAGCAUCAAAACUAUCAAAGAAGUUUAAAAAAUCCUUUAAAGUGGAAGCUCAAAUUGUACGCAAUGAAAGCAGUAAGAGUCCAUCGCCAGAUACUCCUGUUAUAGACGUUUAUUUCUUCAGAGUCGACACCCCUCACGAACGUAAACGUGAAAUAAGUUCUGAAGUUCAGUCAACGGAAUUAGAUUAUAGAUCUGUAAAGAAACGUCGUUACACACAAGCCGAAAUGUCAAUUGCCCAAUCUAUUGGCAUAGAAUACCAGAUUUCCGACUCAGACCAGGAAUCGGAAUCUGAAUAUAUGGAAAUUGAAUAUGUCGAUGAAGCGGAAUAUAUUAAACGACAAUCCACCAAAUUGCAAGCAGCUGUAGCAUUAGAUCAAAGAGUAGCAACUGAAGAAGCUGAAAGGCAAGUCUCACAAAGUCUUCAAUCUUCUCAAAAUAAACAUAAAAGUAGUAAACACAAGAGGAGUGAAGCAUCAAUUGCUGUUAGUGCAAGACAAGAAAACGCAAGCCUACGUGAACAGAGCAGUGCAUCCAUAGAAGUCAGUCGGCAAAGUAAUCAAGCAAUGACGGCCACGUCGAUCACUGCAAGUGCUGAACAUCUAAGUGUUAGUGGACAAAGCGCAAAUGCAUCACUAGAAGUAAGUCAACAAAGUUGCGAAGCGUCUAUUGCUGGUUCACUUGCUGUAAGUGCAAAACAGGAACAAAUAUUUAAUGCGACACAAAACAGUUAUGAAUCUGCAGAAAUUAGUCAACAAAGACAAUCAGCAGUUGCUGUGAGAAGGAAAAAGAAACAUAUGACUGCAAGUGCGCUACAAAGCAGUCAUGUAUCCGUAGAAAGUCAUGAAGAAACAAAUCAAGAAGCCUCUGCUGUUCAAGUUGGUAGCACACGAAAAAGUACCAACAUACAAGAACUAGAAGUUGACUCGAAAUCAUUACAAAAGGAUAUAAACGUAAUAGAAAUGGAAAUUGAAUCGCGACACGCCAAACUAUCUUCAGUAGAUGCUCACGCUAUAAAAUUAGAAACGAGUAAAACCAGAAUCGACGACUCCAAUGUUUCAAUCCAAGAUGUAACUAAAAGCCCUUCCCCUCCCAUUGAACCACCGACUCCUUUAACUGACGAAUACAUGUUUAGACUUGUAGCUCCCCUACCUAGUAGAGAAGGAACGCCAGUACCCAGAGAUUGCACGGAUAGCUCAGAAUCAGAAGAAGAAGUACUUAAAAAGAAACUAAUUCCCCACAUUGACUUGACAAUUGAACAGAGAAUAUUCGAUCCUCCGUUACCAACGCCACCAACUUCACCAGAAAGAAGAGCCAAGCCGUUUUACACAAAGCCGGGUUUAAGAGGUGGUGGUGAUAAAUUGGAUAUUACAAAGGAAGAAAUCCUUGAAAUUGGUAGACAGUCGACUCUCCUUGCAUCUGCAAUUGAAGAGACCCUUCAAAGCAUACAGCAGUAUAAAACAGAAGCUGGUAUAAACACUAAUCAAGAUAUGGAUUACACAUAUAGUUCAAGUGAAAAGACAAGUGAAUGUAAAGCGAUGGAAUUCAAAGAGUAUAAAAGCGAAGAUGCAAUGGAUAAGAAGGUGGAAGUCCUUAUCGAUAAAAUGAUAGAAACUUCCAGACGUUUCUCUGGCGAUGCUGGUGAAAAUGUAGGGACAGCAAAGGAAGAAGGAAAGGAACGUAUUAUACCGAUUAGUCAGGAUACUUUGGUGACAGCUGAAAAAGAAUCCAGUAGCCAAGUUGCAUCCAGCGCUACUUUAGAAGAAGUUAAAGACAGGAAGAUGGAUAGAAAUAACCUUUGCGAUCAACUUAUGAGAAGCGUUCAAAGUAUGAUUGAUCCCAACGCAACAGUAGAAGAACGUUUAAAGCAGCUCCAAUCGCAGAUAGCUGAACUCUCCCGCUUACCUGACGUCAUUCAGAAGACGCUUGAAGACGUCAAAGUGCAGUUCGUACAACUCAAUCAACAAGUACAACAGAAGACUGUUGAAAUUCAGAUGAGUCAAAGUGUCCAAGCUGAAAGUCAUCAACAGUAUCAAGUUUCAGAGCAAAUAUUCGAAGGCAAAAAGGAAGAAAGUGAAACACAAAAGCCUAUCAUAAUAGAAGUAACAGAAUCGGAGAGCAAUGGAGCCAAGAGUUACGAAACAAACGAACCGAGGGAAAUAAUACAUUCUGUAGAAGAAGAUAUGGAAAUACAGAACAUAAUUGAGAAGAGGAGAAUGGAAGCGGAGAACAAAGUGCAUGAGGAAUUAAUGAAAGAAAGGCUCAGCCAAGAACUGAGAAUAGCUAAAGAGAGAUUAUCGCCAAAACCAAGCCUCGAAGGCAGAUCAACGCCAAAUUUGGGUCUCCCAGAAAGGCUAAUUCCAAAUUUAGGUCUUCAAGAAAGAGCUUCACCAAAAUUGGAUAUAGCUGCAGGUCCAGCUUUUCACGAACCAGCCAGGCCUGUAACUCCGAAAAUGUGGAAGAAAUUGGAUACAUAUGAUGAUGCUAAUUUGGAGCAAGCUCUGUCAGAAACGUUGGCAGCACAAGCUGAAGUCAUUCAAGGGAAAGCUAUUGGUGUGAACUUCAAGAAAUAUGAGAAGCCCCCACCACCUCUCGACCAUCUCCAACACUCUGAAGUGUAUAAAGCAAUCCACGACAUGGACCAAAAACCACUGAAAAAGGUGGAGCUUUUGAAGCCAGCGAUUGCAGCAUCUGAUUACGUUGAGCUAGAAGUGUUGUUGGAUUUGGGGCCACAUCCCGAUGAGAAGGUUGUUAAUAAAACAAUUAAGGAGUUAAAAUCAUUGGACGGAGUUAAAGAGGCAAUUUUCAAAGAUGGCGCUGUUAUGGUUGAAACAGUGUUGCCGAGUACAAUGGUAGUAGGUAUUAUAUCGAGAGUGUCUGGCAAGAGGGCAGUGUUGCAAGGUUUUGGUGAAACCCAAUCCGCCGUUGCUAUGAUCUCCAACCAAUACCGUGGUACGAACAUAAUGGGUGUAGUGAGAUUCCAACAAACGGAGCAGGGGCCGCUCAUUGCGGAUGUCUGCAUAGACGGACUUACACCCGGUGAGCAUGGGCUGCAUGUGCACGAUACGGGCGAUUUGAGUGAGGGUUGCAAAUCGAUAGGGGGUCAUUUCAACCCCCACAAGUCACCCCACGGGGGUCCAUUAGACCCACCUGAGAAGAGACACGCGGGCGACUUGGGUAAUAUUAUAGCGGACGACACUGGAAGAGCUACCUUUAGAAUACUGGACAAUGUGCUUAAGGUAUCGGACAUAGUGGGUAGGUCGAUAGCUGUGACGUCACGCUGUGACGACAUGGGCCGGGGUUCCGGCCCGCUGUCCAAAGUCAAUGGGGAUAGCGGGGAGCCCAUCGCGUGCGGCAUUAUAGCGCGUUCCGCUGGAAUAUUCCAGAAUCCGAAACGGAUAUGCGCGUGCGACGGCGUCGUCGUCUGGGAUGAAAAGGACCGGCCGUUGGCGGGAAAAGGGCGCAGGAAGUGUUGCGACGCGCAGGAGAACGGGCACGAGGUGAAGCAGUGCUGUAAAGUGUAGUUUAUUUGUGCGUUUGUGUGUGUAUAGAGAUGGAAAAGUAGG